CCACGGUUCCCUACGCGGUUAGCACAUGCGCGACGCUUCUGCUCCCUCUUCCACCACUUCCACUAGCUUCCACCGUCCGGGAAGCCGCCGCCACCGCCGCCGAGGAGUCAGGAAGUUCAAGAUGGCCGCCGCCGAGACUCUGUCGCUGCGGGAACAGCCCGAGAUAGAAGAUGCUGAUAAUUCCGAGAAGAGUGUAAAUGAAGAAAAUGGGGAAGUAUCAGAAGACCAAUCUCAAAAUAAGCACAGUCGUCACAAAAAAAAGAAGCAUAAACACAGAAGUAAACAUAAGAAACAUAAACAUUCCUCAGAAGAAGAUAAGGAUAAAAAACAUAAACAUAAGCAUAAACAUAAGAAACACAAAAGAAAAGAGGUCAUUGAUGCCUCUGACAAAGAAGGUAUGUCUCCAGCAAAAAGAACUAAACUUGAUGAUUUAGCUUUGCUGGAAGACUUGGAAAAACAGAGAGCCUUGAUUAAAGCUGAACUUGAUAAUGAGUUAAUGGAAGGAAAGGUCCAAUCUGGGAUGGGGCUCAUAUUGCAAGGUUAUGAGUCUGGCUCUGAAGAAGAGGGGGAGAUUCAUGAAAAGGCAAGAAAUGGAAAUAGGUCUAGUACCAGAUCUUCAAGUACAAAGGGGAAACUCGAACUUAUGGACAAUAAAAAUAGUACAAAAAAGCGAAGUAAAAGCAGAUCCAAAGAACGGACUAGACAUAGGUCUGAUAAAAAGAAAAGUAAGGGAGGUGUUGAAAUAGUUAAAGAAAAGACAACUAGGAGCAAAUCAAAGGAGAGGAAAAAGUCCAAAAGUCCAUCCAAAAGAAGUAAGUCUCAAGAUCAGGCAAGGAAAUCAAAAUCCCCUACCCUUAGAAGGAGAUCUCAAGAGAAAAUUGGAAAGGCCAGAUCUCCUACUGAUGACAAGGUUAAAACCGAAGAUAAAAGUAGGUCAAAAGAUAGGAAAAAAUCCCCAAUUAUAAAUGAAAGUAGAAGUCGUGAUCGAGGCAAAAAAUCCAGAUCCCCAGUUGAUUUAAGAGGUAAAUCCAAAGACAGAAGAUCACGAUCCAAAGAGAGAAAAUCAAAACGGUCUGAAACAGAUAAAGAAAAGAAGCCAAUUAAAUCUCCCUCUAAAGAUGCUUCUUCUGGGAAAGAAAACAGGUCACCCAGUAGAAGACCUGGUCGAAGUCCUAAAAGAAGAAGUUUGUCUCCAAAACAGCGUGAUAAAUCAAGGAGAAGUAGAUCUCCACUAGUAAAUGAUAGGAGGUCUAAGCAGAGCAAAUCACCUUCUCGAACUCUGUCUCCUGGUAGAAGAGCCAAGAGCCGAUCCUUGGAAAGAAAACGAAGAGAACCAGAAAGGAGACGACUUUCUUCUCCAAGAACACGACCUCGAGAUGAUAUCCUCAGUAGACGUGAAAGAUCAAAAGAUGCCAGCCCCAUCAAUAGGUGGUCCCCAACCCGAAGAAGAGCAAGUAGAUCUCCCAUUAGAAGGCGGUCUCGUUCCCCACUCAGACGAAGUAGGUCACCCAGGAGAAGAAGCAGGUCUCCUCGGAGAAGGGACAGAGGUCGAAGGAGCAGGUCACGCUUGAGAAGGCGGUCUCGAUCACGGGGUGGUCGUAGACGUAGGAGCAGAAGCAAAGUAAAAGAAGAUAAAUUUAAAGGAAGUCUUUCUGAAGGAAUGAAAGUUGAACAAGAAUCUUCAUCUGAUGAUAACCUUGAAGACUUUGAUGUAGAGGAAGAAGAUGAAGAAGCCCUAAUAGAACAGAGAAGAAUACAGAGGCAGGCAAUUGUUCAGAAAUAUAAAUAUCUUGCUGAAGAUAGCAAUAUGUCUGUGCCAUCUGAACCCAGCAGCCCCCAGAGCAGUACCUGUACGCGGUCACCUUCUCCAGAUGACAUUCUAGAAAGGGUAGCUGCUGAUGUUAAAGAGUAUGAACGGGAAAAUGUUGAUACAUUUGAGGCUUCAGUAAAAGCCAAGCAUAAUCUAAUGACAGUUGAACAGAAUAAUGGUUCAUCUCAGAAGAAGCUGUUGGCACCUGAUAUGUUUACCGAAUCUGAUGAUAUGUUUGCUGCCUAUUUUGAUAGUGCUCGUCUUCGGGCUGCUGGUAUUGGGAAAGAUUUCAAAGAGAAUCCCAACCUCAGGGAUAACUGGACAGAUGCAGAAGGCUAUUACCGCGUGAACAUAGGUGAAGUCCUAGAUAAGCGUUACAAUGUGUAUGGCUACACUGGCCAGGGUGUAUUCAGUAACGUUGUACGAGCCAGAGAUAAUGCAAGAGCAAACCAAGAAGUUGCUGUAAAAAUCAUCAGAAACAAUGAGCUCAUGCAAAAAACUGGCUUAAAAGAACUAGAAUUCUUGAAAAAACUUAAUGAUGCUGAUCCUGAUGACAAAUUUCAUUGUUUGCGACUCUUCAGACACUUUUAUCACAAGCAGCAUCUCUGUCUUGUAUUUGAGCCUCUGAGUAUGAAUUUACGAGAGGUGUUAAAAAAAUAUGGUAAAGAUGUUGGUCUUCAUAUUAAAGCCGUGAGAUCCUAUAGUCAGCAGCUGUUCUUGGCAUUAAAACUCCUUAAAAGAUGCAAUAUCCUACAUGCAGAUAUCAAGCCAGACAAUAUCCUGGUUAAUGAAUCAAAAACUAUUUUAAAGCUCUGCGAUUUUGGGUCGGCUUCACAUGUUGCGGAUAAUGACAUAACACCUUAUCUUGUCAGUAGAUUUUAUCGUGCUCCUGAAAUCAUUAUAGGGAAAAGCUAUGACUAUGGUAUAGACAUGUGGUCUGUGGGUUGUACCUUAUAUGAACUCUACACCGGAAAAAUUUUGUUUCCUGGCAAAACCAAUAACCAUAUGUUGAAGCUCGCCAUGGAUCUCAAAGGAAAGAUGCCUAAUAAGAUGAUUCGGAAAGGCGUAUUCAAAGACCAACAUUUUGAUCAAAACCUCAACUUCAUGUAUAUAGAAGUUGAUAAAGUAACAGAGAGGGAGAAGGUUACUGUCAUGAGCACCAUUAAUCCAACCAAGGACCUGUUGGCUGACUUGAUUGGGUGCCAGCGACUUCCUGAAGACCAACGUAAAAAAGUACACCAGCUAAAGGACUUGUUGGACCAGAUCCUGAUGUUGGACCCAGCUAAACGAAUUAGCAUCAAUCAGGCCCUACAGCAUGCCUUCAUCCAGGAAAAAAUUUAA